AUGUCCGCGGAACAACAAACAGGCCAAAUGGAUGCACUUGACAAGGGCGUCGACUUCGCUGCUAACAAGGCGGGACACAAGCAAUCAAGAGGAACCGUUGAAAAGAUUUCUGACGGGUAUGUCUCUGCGCAGACGCACACACGCGCCUCUAACAAAGCCCAGAAUUCGCAAAAUCUACAAGAAGCUUACAGGCAAAGAAGUACCUAUCAAGGUAUGCAUAAGCGUCUCACCCACGAUCCCGCUCACAUCAUACAGGACAAAGAGUAA